AUGGCAGGAAGCAACCUUACCGGCAGCAUACCGCCUGAAAUUGGCAAUGCAACCCAAAUUCAUGAGCUUGAUCUUUCUUCAAAUCGUUUGGUAGGGGUGAUUCCAAAGGAAUUUGGGAAAUUGUCUUCUUUGGUGAAACUGAUGUUGAACGACAAUCAACUUUGGGGUCAUAUACCUUCGAAGUUUGAUUCACUGAAUAAUCUUGAAUACAUUGACCUAUCCACCAACAAACUGAAUGGGUCAAUUCCAAAUAUUGCUAUUAGAUUUCGUAGAUUUCUCAAUCUGAUUAAACAUCCUUUUGUGGAGGGUCCUAUACCCAAAAAUAAAGCAUUUCAAGAUGCUCCCUUGGAAGGGAAUAUAGUAUUGUGUGGCAAUGUAAUAGGACUCCAGCCCUGCAAUCCUUCUGUGGAUAACAAGCAUAAGUCAACAAAGGAUCAAAAAUUUGUUUUCAUAAUCAUAUUCCCUAAAUUGGGAGCACUUUUACUUGCUUUCCUUGGAAUUUCUUUGGUUAGAAGAACGAGAAUAAACGAGCGGGACACAAAGCAGAACAAUAUGCAGCAUGAAGAAAUUUUUUCCAUAUCUGAUUUUGAUGGAAGAAGAAUGUACGAAGAAAUCAUCAAGGUAACCAGUGAUUUCAAUGUUGUAUAUUGCAUUGGAAAGGGAGGAUCCGGAAGUGUUUGCAAGGCAAAGCCGGUAUCAGGCAGCGUAGUUGCAGUGAAGAAACUCCACCCAAUACUUGACGGUGAGGAGGCCCCUCGGAAGGAAUUCCUUAGCGAAAUAAGGGCACUAGUGGAGAUACGGCACCAGAACAUUGUGAAACUUCGUGGUUUUUGUUCACAUUGCUGUCACUCUUUUUUGGUCUAUGACUAUCUAGAAAAAGGUAGCUUGGCUUCAAUCUUGAGCAAAGACUGCGAAGCUGACAAACUGGACUGGAGCACAAGGGUGAGGAUUGUGAAAGGUGUAGCUCAUGCCCUGUCUUAUAUGCAUCAUGAUUUCUCUCCACCUGUUGUGCAUCGAGACAUAUCAAGCAAAAACAUACUGCUCGAUUACGAAUAUGAGCCCGUUGUUUCAGACUUUGGCACUGCUAAGCUUUUAAAUCCAGACUCAUCCAAUUGGACUGCUGGGGCAGGCACGUAUGGCUACAUAGCACCAGAGCUUGCUUACACAACAAAGGUUACCGAGAAAUGUGAUGUUUAUAGCUUUGGGGUGCUGGCAAUGGAAGUGAUAAUGGGAAAGCAGCUGGCUGAUUUCAUGUCCUCCUUUUCGACUCCAUCUGCCAACAGAGAUGUAUUGCUAAAUGAUGUUUUGGACCAACGCCUCCCCCCUCCUACACCAAAUAUUGAGAAUGAACUGAUAACAAUUGCAAGGCUAGCAAUUGCAUGCAGACAUUCCCAUCCACAAUCCAGGCCAACAAUGCACAUGGUUUCUCAAGCUUUAUCUUCUCAACCUGCAAAUUCCUCUAGACUACCAGAGAUUACUCUUGAACAACUCCUUAAUUAG